AACUUUUUUCCCAAAAAGAGCUAAAUUUAUGUUUUUUGAUUUUUUAAAAAUUAAAUUUUAAAAUUGAUUACUUUUAGGGUUGGAACUAUUCACGGCGACUGUAUAUUUUGGAUGAUAGCGCAUGCAUGUUCAUGUGGAUGUGGUGUUGUUACCGUGUUAGGUUACCAAAUUUAUCCCGACACUUUUUAUAUUUCGAGAUAUUGCCACUCCUUUUGCCUUUUCCCACUACUUACGGAGUAGCUUCUAGCAUCAAUUUGAUUUCUCUAGUUUUUCCUGCCUACGAAUUCUCUUCCUUUAUCAAUGUGCUUUUUUCAUUGAUUUCUCUUCAACAUCGGCGUGUUUUAUCUUUUGGAUGAAUAGAUUUGGUUGAUUGGUGAUUGAAAUUGUUCUCCAAAUGCUCGGGUUUAGCAGGGCAAGAACCCAACCGAGAAACGGUAGAUCUUUAUCACUUGGCGGCAUGGAUUUUGCUGAUCCGAAACGAAAAGGGAAUGUUGUAGGUAAAGUCAUUGUUGCUGCUGGGUUGAUUGCAUUUUGCCUUAUUAUGAUCAAACAGUCUCCAAAUUUCAGCAGGCCAAUCCCAAUUGAUUUUUCCCGCGGUGAAGUGGGCUUUACUCAUGUCCUGGUAACUGGGGGUGCUGGCUAUAUUGGGUCCCAUGCAGCACUUAGACUACUAAAAGACUCAUAUCAUGUGACAAUUGUGGACAAUCUUUCUCGUGGGAAUCUUGCUGCUAUUGAGAUUUUACAAAGUAUGUUUCCAGGAAAACUUCAGUUUAUAUAUGCUGAUCUGGGAGAUGCUAGUGCUGUAAAUAAACUUUUCUCAGAAAAUGCUUUUGAUGCUGUGAUGCAUUUUGCUGCCGUUGCUUAUGUAGGAGAGAGCACUCUCGAUCCUCUUAGAUAUUAUCACAAUAUAACGUCGAACAGUGUGGUAGUACUGAAGGCAAUGGUAAAGCAUGGAGUACCGACGUUGAUAUAUUCAAGUACAUGCGCAACAUAUGGUGAGCCUGAGAAGAUGCCCAUAACAGAGGAAACUCCUCAGAUACCUAUCAAUCCAUAUGGUAAGGCUAAGAAGAUGUCAGAAGAUAUCAUUUUGGAUCUGUCGAAGCAAAACACAGACAUGGCAAUUAUGAUUCUAAGAUAUUUUAAUGUCAUUGGAUCUGAUCCCGAUGGAAGACUGGGGGAGGCUCCUAGACCUGAAUUGCGAGAGCAUGGACGGAUUUCAGGUGCCUGUUUUGAUGCAGCUCAUGGAAUUAUUCCUGGAUUGAAGGUAAGAGGAACAGAUUACACGACUCCAGAUGGCACCUGUAUAAGAGAUUACAUUGACGUGACCGAUCUGGUCGAUGCUCAUGUCAAAGCUCUUGAAAAAGCUAAACCGGGCAAAGUUGGAAUUUACAAUGUUGGAACAGGAAAAGGUAGAUCUGUCAAAGAAUUUGUGGAAGCCUGCAAGAAAGCAACAGGGGUAGACAUCAAGGUCGAUUACCUCCCUCGUCGCCCAGGAGAUUAUGCCGAAGUCUACAGUGACCCAACAAAGAUUAGGGAGGAACUCAAUUGGACUGCACGGUAUACUGAUCUCGAAGAGAGUUUGCAGAUAGCAUGGAGAUGGCAGAAGACUCAUCGGAAUGGCUACAGACAUGCAUUAGCAACAGCUAUAUAAACGGAUAAUCCCCCGCUUUAGGAUUUCAUACGGCUAUGUACUAUGUAGACUCUGAUUUCAGUUUGCAGAUCAUUUAGGAGAAGAGGGUGCGGAUUAUGUAGGUAAUAAUUCUUUUAUCAUCAUUGUUUGAAAUUAUACUUAUUCUGUAGGAUAGUGGUAGAGAGCAAUAAUCCUUUUGUUUCAGAUGUUUGUCACUUAGAUGUAUAAUUUAAACAAUAUUUAUAUCAGUGAGAGACAUUAUUUUAUGAA